AUGUCCACUCCAAGCCCCAUAUUCCCCGCAUCCCUUCUGUCUAGCGAUGCCGCAGCAGCUCUCCCGGAUGGCUACACCAUCAGGCCUUUGGAAAAAGGGGAUUACGCAAAAGGCUUCUUAGAAUGCCUCCGUGAUUUGACAUGGAUGGACAACCUCACAGAGCAGGAAUUCAACGAGCGGUACGAUGAGAUGGACACUAAAGGAAAUGGCCCAUAUUAUUACCUUGUGAUUGAGCGAGAGGGCCGGAUUGUAGGCACAGGUGCUGUGAUUGUUGAAAAGAAGUUCAUUCAAAAUCGCACCACCGUCGGCCAUAUUGAAGAAAUCUGCAUCUCCAAAGACCAGCAGGGAAAGAAGCUGGGAUUACACAUGCUCAACGCUCUGAACUCUGUGGCGAAGAACGUAGGAUGCCGGAAGACGAUUCUUAACUGCAGUGAGCACAACAUUAAGUUCUACGAGAAGUGCGGUUUCGAGGUUUCUAGCACCGAGAUGAAGAGGGAGUUUAAGGAGUAG